AUGCACUACAUCGUCAAAAUGACCCUCCUCUUCGCGGCUUCCGCCAUCGCCGCCAAGCAAGCAGGCCAAUUCGGACCCUGGGAUCCACAUCCACGCCAAUGGGGUCCUGGCCGAGGAGGCGGCUGGAGCAACAACGGACAACCACCUCUCGACUACCGCGUCGGGUGUACCUGCAACACCAACCAGCAAGAAGACCCGUCGACGGGCCAGCAAGCCUGCAAUCAGCUAUCCAGCAUCUGGGGAAAUCUGUACUGGGAUGACUGGAACCAGGUCUGCAUGGACGACAACCAGAUUGGCCUCGACACCAAUGGCUUCAGUGCGGCUUGUCAGCGGGCUUCGCAGGGACAGAAUUUCGAUUCUUUCAAUCCUGUUGCUACGCAGGCCGAUUGCUCGCCUUUUUAG